GUGCGAUAUCGCCCGCUGCAACCGUUAUCUCUAACCUAAUAGACGCGCCCAGCCUGAGUCCGGCCUCUUAUCAUUUCCUUUCCAUUCCUAUCGGGAUCACAAGGGCCUCCGAAAACUGGCUUCUUGAUGGACGUCCUCCAGCUUCCAAAGCCUUUGAGACCGGAACGACUUGCUCGUCGACAGGCGCGCCCACGUCUUCGUAGCAUCUGAUGGCCAAAAUGUCGAUACGAUCAAGAGCAGCGGCAUUGACGAAGCCUUCAUAUUGGGCUCUUGAGCCAGAACCCUCGACGUUCGCACCUUCAAAUGCAUGGAGUAACAAGGACAUGGACCCCGUACCCGAACAUUUGAGGACGUGGAAGACAUGGAAUUACAUUGCAUACUGGAUCUCGGACGCGACGAAUGCAGCGGUAUGGGAGCUCGCGUCCUCAAUGCUAGCUAUUGGGCUUUCUUGGAGACAGGCUCUGCCCGCGAUUGCUGUUGGGCACAUCAUCAUUGCUAUCGUAAUGGUACUGAAUGGGACCAUUGGCGCACGACUGCACAUUCCGUUCCCCGUGCUCAAUAGAUCUUCAUUUGGAUUUUGGCUGAGUUACUUUAGUGUGAUCAGUAGGGUCGUGCUCUCCAUGUUCUGGUUCGGAAUACAGACGUACACGGGAUCAGAAUGCGUUUAUCAGAUGUUGAAGGCAAUAUGGCCUUCUAUUGCUAGGCUGCCUAAUCAUUUGCCUGCCAACGCGAACAUCACGACUUCGGGCAUGAUGUGCUACUUCCUCUACUGGCUCAUCCAAUUUCCGUUCAUGUUUGUUUCGCCGCAGAAAAUCCGCUGGCUUUUCCUCACCAAAGCAAUCAUUGUUCCUCCGACUUGGCUAGCGAUGCUUAUUUGGGCGUUCGUGAAGGUGCCAUCGUCCUCGCCGGGUGGUUUGAUCGCGGAACAUACAACAUUGAGCGGAUCCUCUCUAAGUUGGGCGUGGUUGAGCGCUUUGAACAGCGCGCUAGGGAUUUAUGCAACACUUGGUGUGAACAUCCCUGAUUUCACUCGAUAUGCAAAGAACGAGCGAGCCCAAUACAUCCAGCUCAUAAUCAUCCCCGUCGUCUUCACUCUCUGUUCCUUUGUCGGAAUUGCCGUCACCUCUGCUGGCAUAACGCUCUAUGGGCAAACCUUAUGGGAUCCGCUGAAGCUCAUUGAUCAAUGGGACAACCGUGCUGCUGCUUUCUUCGCCGCGUUCGCGUUCGUCUUGACGACCCUUGGAACAAAUGUGUCGGCGAAUUCACUGUGCGCCGGAAAUGAUAUGACGGCGUUGUGUCCGCGAUGGAUCAAUAUCAGGAGAGGACAGGUCAUCUGCGCGAUCCUGGGCGGGUGGGCACUGUGCCCUUGGGAGAUAUUGGCUAGUGCAACAGGCUUCUUGUCUUUCAUGAACGGCUACACUGUUUUCUUGGGACCCAUUUCUGGCAUUAUGGUCACCGAUUAUUGGCUCAUACACUACGGUAACGUUGACGUUCCUUCUAUGUACCGACCUCAUGGACGAUAUCGCUAUACUGGUGGAGUGAAUUGGCGAGCAUUGGUUGCUCUCAUUGUCUCUGUUCCCCCGACAAUGCCAGGCCUCAUCAACAGCAUCAAUACUAGUAUCCCAGUCGGCAAUGCUACUCACCUGUUCGAUAUUGCGUACAUCUUUGGUUUCACUGUGGCUUCUGUGGUGUUCUACACCUUGUCCAAGAUUUUUCCCGCUCACGAGACCAUGCUCAGCGAAGUCAUCUUGGUGGAUCCAGAUUGUGUAGGUAAGGAAGGCAGUAUUGCAGGUAGUAGUGGAGAGAAUGAAGAAGCAAAGAGGGAGAUGGAGAAGGGGUAUGGAGCUGAUGUCACUGUUGGAAUGGCAAAGGUGUAAACCAACAGCCAUCAUGGGUGAGGAUCAUAAGGGUAAGAGGAAGACAGCAGCAAACCAGUCAACUUGGUUUGGAGGUGUUUGCGUGUGUUACAACUGUUUUCCGUAGUUUACAGUGGUUUGAUAUUCCUGAUUUGUUUGGCAUGUUUCAAUCUGCG